UUUUUGUAGAAGUUAAGAGUGUCUAUUCUUUUUAAAAUGCAUGCUAGGCAUCGGAGUCCGGUAGGUGGGUAUAAGACUAGUUCAAUGGGAAUGGGUGGUGUGGCUACUGCCUCGCGGGUUUCACCCGAUGGAUCAGGGAGAGGUCGUGGAUUGCAUAAUUCGGAGUACAGAAACUAUAACCGAGGUGGAUAUGGCCGGGGACAGUCGAGGCAGUUUGGAUUUCAGCAGCCUUCGCAUGGGAACGACAUUUUCAUGGAAGCUGGACGGUUAGCAGCUGAGUAUCUUGUUUCCAAGGGGUUGCUACCACCGAAUGCUCUUUCAGGGAAAUUGCCAAAUGGUAGCCUAAAGAGCCCAGUUGGAAAUUUUCAGGGAUUUAAGCAACAAGAUAUUGAUGAAGGUCAGACAUCAACUCUUUCACGUAUGGAGAGUGAUGUGGGUCCUGGUAGGAGAAGGUUUUCUGAUGAAUAUGAACCCGUGGGUUCAAGAAAUUAUAUGAGAGGAAGGAGAAGAAACGAGUCCUUUCGAAGUUACAGCUCUGAGUUCAAUCGAGAAUUGCAAAGGACUGGGUCGUUAGAUAGAGCCAGGGCCUACCCCGAUGUGAAUAGUCAAGAUGAAGCUUUCCCACGUGAUAGAGAUGAACAGCAAGUGGCUAAAGAUAGUAAUGUGAUGCUACCUAGUUCCCUUCCUGGUAAACAAAAUCCAGAUAUAGAGAGUGCGGAGGAGUCGAUGUGCUGUGAUCCAAAAUCUGCCCUGGGAGAUUCAGGUAAAGAGACAGGUCCCAUAAACACUGGAAAUGAUCUCCCAUCAGAUGGUGAACCUGAACCAAAGAAGUCUGCAGACAUUGGAAUGUUGGAAGAAAAAGCUGAUCCUGUUAAUCUUGCCAACAGUACUGAUGGGUUGGAGAAAAUAGGUGUUAACGAGGAUAUAGAAGUCAAGUUGUUCAGCCAAGAACAUAACCAGACCAGCAUGACUGAUAAUGAUUUACUUAGCUUAUGCAGGUUUGAGAAGGUUCCGACGAGAACACGUUCUUCAUUGGCAAACAGAGGUUUGAAGGUUUGUCAUGAUUCUGAAGAUGAGGAUGCUCAUGAGAGUGAUAUCCCUAAAGAAACUGAAGUGCAUUCCCAAGACAUCCCUGUGGAUGCUUCCCCUGGUGUCAUUUUAUCAGAUCAAAACCGUGAUGUGAAAAGCCUUGAUUCUGACAAACUGAAACCGCAGUCCACCGAGGAAGAACCAUGUCUUACUUAUGCCAAUAAGCAGUUAAAUGAGACAAACUCUUCAUCCUUUCCUGGAAGUAAGUUAACGAGGGAGGAAGAGAAAAUAGAGGGACUAACUGAAAUUGAAACUUGCAGUUCUAUAGACAUGGGAAGAGGUCAGAAACGAGAACUGGAUGACAAUGAUGAUUGUAAGGGAGGAGGAACUAAGAGACCUAGAGAAUUGGCUUCAUUAACAAGUACUUUCUCAGAUGUCUUUCUGUACCAUUCUAAUUCAAUGGAAAAGCAGCAGAUUUCACAGGAACCGAGGAGAUCACAUAGCGAGCCGUUAAUAUUUCCAUCUGAGGAGAAGAGAUUGGUAGACAUUUCUAUGAUACCUGAGGGCGAUGCGAGGCUGGGUAGUGACUUCACGGAAAAACCACUUUUGCCCAGUUCCUUUAAGGCUUUUGAUCUCAAUCUUAUGGAAGCUUCUGAUGUGAAUGAGAACCAUGAUGCUGAUCCUGUUCAUAUCUUCCCGUUGAUUACUGAAGGUGUAAAACAAGAAGCACCAGUUGAUAUUCAUCUCACCAUGAGUAGUAACUCUGAUAUAACAAGUAACUAUGCUAAAUCUAGCUUUGAUGGGAGAGAUGUUGAGGUGAUUGAUUUGGAAAAUGAUUCUGAACAAGAAGAGAAAGCUUUCAAUAACCCUGAGAGAAAGUCUGAAGUAGUAUUCACUGGAACAGAUGGCUUUUCUGAUAAUGCACAUAGUACCAACAAUAUACCCCACGCUCAGGAUGGUUAUGGACUUAUGAUUUCAGAAUUACUUGGGAAUGAUAUAGCAAACUGUCCUCCUUUACCAGCAGAUAUGGAUUCUUUGCACAAUGAUAUGGGCCUCCACAAUGGACUACAUAAUGGAGAGGGCAUGCUUGGUGACGAUGAUUCAAUAUAUAUGUCCUUGGGAGAAAUUCCGAUAAGUUUUCUGUCACCCUGGGAGCAGCCGGCACAAGAAUUUGGAAAGCCAUUUUGAGGUGCUACGAUCCAGGUUUUCUUGAGAUGUAUUUAUUUUGAUAACCAAGAAAUCCCAAGGUUCAGUGGCGCAUGGUUCGAAACUCAGGUGGAUAAUGGGUUGCUCUCUACUCUUCUCCACUUAAAUUCUAGGCUUUUGUCUGUGGCAAGUUUUGAACCCGUGAUGUGUGCCUAACCCACACAUCACGCACUGCGCUGUUACCACUAUAUCAAACUCCUGGGGCUGAUGUAUUAUCACAAUGUUUUCUUUAUGCCUAAUGUCAGUUCUCAAAACUAGCUCUUUAGUAGUGCAACUUUGUAACUUUGUAUGCCUUACGCAAAAUCUUGCUUGUUUCUAGCUGAUGAUGUAUUCCUUUCCCCCUCCCUCUCCCUCUUGUUUGAAGUUAGGCAGCAGUGUUUUUUUUU